AUGGAUCCUGCGCCCCCAGGAGGCAUUGAUGUCUCGCGGCCCACUGUCGCCCGAAUGUAUGACUGCUAUCUUGGUGGAAAGAACAACUAUGCCUCAGACCGAGCCGCCGUUGCAGCAGUCGUGGAAGCACUGCCCAACAUCUUCGACAUUGUUGCAGAAGGACGUCACUUUCUACGCCGCGUCAUUCGAUACAUGUGUUAUCAAGGCAUCGAUCAGUUCAUCGAUGUUGGAUCGGGACUACCGAGUGCAGACAACACACACCAGGUGGCCCAGAGAGUCAAUCCUAACGCUCGUGUCGUGUAUGUGGAUAUCGACGACGCAGCUGUUAUUCAAGGGCGGCAAAUCCUCAAGGGCGAGCCUUUGACAGCGUUCAUACAAGGAUCGGUGUUGGAUCUAGAGCCCAUCUUAAAUCACCCUGAAACACGCAAUCUCAUCGAUUUCUCGAAGCCAGUCGGCGUGGUGAUGAUGGGGCUGCUGCAUUUCUUUGAUAUAAACGUCGACCGCGCCAUUCUCCAGCUCUUGCGCGAGAAGCUCGCUCCGGGGAGCUUGGUCAGUUUCACACACGGAGUCUUGGAUUAUCAGGACAAGGAUGCGGUGCGACGACUUCUCGAUGCGUAUGAGAGGACGCCUACGCCUCUGCUCAUGCGAACAAUGGAUGAGAUCAGGACGAUUAUGGAGGGAUUUCCUGCGGUGGAGCCGGGACUGGUCUUGUUGCAUGAUUGGAAGAUGGAUAUGGCUGAAGAGGGAGAGCCUGAGCCUCCGAGGUCACUUAUCUGGGCUGGAACAGUGUUGCGUGUCUGA